AUGCGUGGACUUAUUAUUUUAUGCACUUUUUUGGGCCUGGUCGCAGCUGGUCGCCUGCCGGGAUAUCAAUACAACGCUCAGUCAUCAGGUGGACAGUUGAGGCAUACAUACAGCCCACAGCCGCAUGCCCAGUACGGUGUCAUGCCAACGAGCGCUGCUGAAGUGUUGAAGGAUCUGCAAACAAUUAUGUCAGUACAGUCAAACAAUCUGGGACCGAACUUUGAGCUACAUACCCAGCCGCAACAGGUGAGCUACAGUAGUCAGUCACUUUCAGUGGGUAACGUCGGUAGCGCUGCCUCUGCGCCAGGAUCUUUGGGACAACCUCAGGCGCGCUAUUUGACUCCUGUCUCAGCUGCGGUCAACACUUUGCAGCAGCAGCAGCAGCAGUAUUCGCAACAACAGCAACAAUUCCAACAACAACAACAAGUUCAACAAGCACAACAACUUGUGCCACAACAACAGCACAUUGCCUCGCAACAGCCACAAUUCCAGCAACCUCAGCAAGUUGCCAUCGAACAACAACAAAUUUCCCAACAGUUUUUGGCUGAGCAGGAACAAGCGCAACAUUUGCAGCAGCAGCAACAACAACAAGUAGAACCUGAAACUGUUAUUUCGAAACGCUUCUAUUUGCAUGCCGCACCCGAAGACGAUGAGGAAGAGUUGAAAGAACGUCACGUGACAGUCGGCAGGCCGCGUAAAAACUACAAUGUUGUCUUCAUUAAAUCAUCUGACAAGGCCACCAAGAAGGCAUCAAUCAAAAUCACUCCGGCUGCCAAUGAAGAGAAAACCGUUAUCUAUGUGUUGAACAAAAAGCAAGAAGCUGCCGACAUUGAUGCCCAAGUAUAUGAGCCGAUCACCACCACAGCUAAGCCAGAGGUGUAUUUCAUUAAGUACCAGACGGUCGAAGAGGCGGCGCAUGCGCAACAAACCAUUCAAGCACAAUACGACGCCUUGGGCGGUUCGACACAAAUCACUAAUGAAGGUGUAGCACCAGUGAGCUCCGUCAUUGGGUCUUUGGAGGCCAACAAACACGCUGAAGCUGGAGCAGAUGGAGCCCUCGAGGUAGCUCACGACUCGCCCACCGCUCAGGCUGAUGAACAACAGACUGGGCUGUCAACAGGUGCACAGCCGCAGGAACAAGCGCUUGGCGUUCAGCUACCGGUGGCACAGAACGUCAAUACAAACAAUGGUUACUUGCCUCCAGUAAGGUAUUACCGUUAA